UUCUUUGGUUUUCAUUUUAAAGUAGAGUUCAACAAUUUGAUUUUUAUUCUAUUUUUCUUGUACAAAUAAAGGGACAAAGAGGCAACUGCUAAAUUAUAACUCACAUUCAGCAUCAUGGAAUCAAAGAAAACAACACUUAAGUGGCUCCUCCCAUCAGUCAGUCACACGGUGGUUAUUCUCAUUGUCAUUCUGCCAGCUUUCUGCAGCGCAAAUGAAGUGAACUGCUCCCAGUCGGACCAGCCGAGCCUCCUGGUGGCUCUGUCCCCUGCCUUCAACCUUAGAGCCAUUCGGCCCGUAGAAAACCAACGAACCUACACCAACGUCAGCGUUUACUUCACUCUCUAUGGGAUUUUAGGAGUGGAUGAAAAGUCUCAACUCCUGGUCACUUAUAUUUGGCUCGUCUAUUGGUGGAGGAAUGAGUUCAUCAGUUGGGACCCAGACCAGUGUGGCUCAGACAGGAUCGCUCUACCGAAGGAAAAGUUUUGGGUUCCAGAUAUUGUGAUAAAUGAAUUCAUGGAGGAAAACAAAGCACCAUCCGUCCCAUACGUGUACCUCUUUAACGACGGUAAAGUGAGGAACGGAUUUCCUGUCAGAGUUGUGAGCUCCUGUAACCUCAACAUCUACACCUUCCCGUUUGACACACAGAAGUGCUCCCUGACUUUCAACUCCUAC